ACUCCCACAAUUUUCGAUCUAAUUUCACCAAGCUAGGGUUUUCAAUUUUCAUUCAUACCCCCAAAUUCAGAAUUCAAAUUCCAAUGGCGUCGAACGACCAUCUCGAUGACGAAGAUGAUUUCGGAGGCGAUUUUGCCCGGGGAAAUACCGCAGGGCGUCAAGGUGUUAAGAGAAACUUUGGAGUUAUUGACGAUGAGGACGAUGAUAUUUUUGGGUCAAAAAAGGCUAACCUGAAAGUAGAGGAAACUGCGCCUGGAUUGGCAACUGGGAUGAUUUUAUCUCUUCGUGAGAGUCUCAAGAAUUGCCAAGACGAGCUCUCAAAUUGCCAGACAAAACUCGAAGAUGCUAAAUCUGAGAUUCAGAAGUGGCGCUCAUCUUUUCAGAAUGAAUCCUUUGUACCCCCAAAGCGCAACUCCUGGUUUGAACCAAGAUUUGUGGUCAGCUACCUUCAGACUCUGAGGUCCUCUGAGGAGUCUCUGCGAGAGCAACUUGAGAAAGCAAAGAAAAAAGAAGCUGCAUUCAUCGUUACAUUUGCAAAACGGGAGCAGGAGAUAGCUGAGUUGAAGUCUGCUGUUCGAGAUUUGAGAGCUCAGCUGAAACCUCCAUCAAUGCAGGCAAGGAGGUUACUGCUGGAUCCAGCUAUCCAUGAAGAGUUCACAAGAUUGAAGAAUUUGGUGGAAGAGAAGGAUAAGAAAGUUAAAGAGUUGCAAGAUAACAUAAAUGCUGUUAGUUUUACCUCACAAAGUAAAAUGGGAAAGAUGAUAAUGGCAAAAUGCAGAACUCUGCAGGAAGAGAAUGAGGAGAUCGGUAAUCAAGCUAAUGAAGGAAAGAUACAUGAGCUCGGAAUGAAACUUGCUUUACAAAAAUCUCAAAAUGCCGAACUAAGAAGUCAAUUUGAAGGAUUAUUCAAGCAAAUGGAUAAACUCGCUGGUGAUGUUGAUAGAUCGAAUGAGUUGGCGGUAAUCAUGCAAGAGAAAUUAGAAGAAAAAGAAAACGAGAUACAGAGACUGAAGCACGACAUGGAAAAGAAUAAUAGCCUUGUAGAGGAGGAGCAGACUGUGUUAGCUGUUGCUGCUACUGAUAGUGUUGAAGGUGGUGAUGCGAUUGUUGAUGAAGUCACUCCAAUUAAAGUGAAAACUGAAAUUGAAAGUCAACUUGACUAAUUUUGUAAUAAUUACUAAUUAGAGCACGUUUUUUUUAGAACAUUCUUUUUUGUUGUGAGAGAACUUUACUUCUUC